ACAACAUGUUGGUGUCAGUGUUCAGUGUGGUGACGCUGGCGGCGGCGACGGUGGUGGCGGCUCCGCAGAAGGGCUACGACUACCAACAGGAAAGCGCCCCUUCCCUCGGCGAACCUUUGAGGGCUGUGGAAGCCACCCUUCAGGAACAAGUGGUUCUACCGGACUCAUCGAACCUUGUGGAUGACGAAGACCAUCACCACCAUGCUCACCACGACCACGUGGGACUAGACUGGCUACGCGACUCGGUGCCCGGGGAGCCCGGCGUUGAUUACCCAAUCUUCGGACAAGUCCCGAAGACUUCCUUCCGUUGCCGUGGCCGGCAGCAAGGUUACUAUGCUGACAUUGAAACCAGGUGUCAGGUAUUCCACAUCUGUAACGUUCGAGGCGGCCAAGCCUUCCUCUGUCCCAACGGCACCAUUUUCGACCAGCAACACUUUACUUGCAAGUGGUGGUUUACCGUCAACUGCGAAGACUCUGAGGGAUUCUUUGACCUGAACAACAACAUCGGCUCUGCUGCUGAGACACGGGAAACACAGGUUGUUAGAGAAGAUUUUGGCCAAAAGACGGAGCAACCCCAGGAAACUCAACAGGUCCAACAGAUUGAACAAGUCCAGCAGGUUCAGGAAGGCCAGACCGUCCAAGAAACCCAAAAGGAAGAACAUCCAAUUCUUCUGCCAGAUCAGAUCCCUACUCUUGAUGAAGGUAUUCACCAAGUUAUCCAGCCAGUUCCCCAGGAAUCCGGCACAGUUCCCGUACAGCAACCCCAAGAAGUUCUUAUUAGCCAAAUUCCUCAAGAAGAAAAUAUCAUCCAUAAUGUCCCAGAAAUUUCCACAGGGACCAUUGCUGCUGAGAUUGAAGACUCGACAGUUCGGCAAGUUAUCAACCAGUUGCUAACUGAUCAAAAGGACACACAGAAUACACCCAGCACUUCACAGGAAGCACAAAAUGGACUCGAUGCCGCCCUUGAGAAACCAACAGCAUGUGGCCAGGGAUCAGCAGACUGUGUAGCCAAGCCGAGUGAGGGAGUGUCUCCACUAUAUGACGUUCCCACUCUUAACACAGGAGAGUCUGUCUCUGUGCACAAUCUACCUGAAGAACCUCAUGCUACUGGAAGUCUCGCCGAAGAAGAAAAUGAAGGUCUUAUCGUCCCUGGCAUAUCACAAGUCGGUAUUGAUAACAAGGCCACUGUACAAGAGCACCAAGCAAGGGACAAUGAAGUUAAAAAUGAAGUCGCAUCCCCAGAACUCUCAGCAGCCCCAAGGUAUGAUGACACACCCGAGACUGUCUUCCAUAUUUCUCAGGUAGGAACUUCUGUCCAAGAAGAAAAAUUGCAUCCCACACAAGAGAACCAACUACAAGAAAAUGAUGAUCAGUUGAUUGCCCAGGGACUGUUCCCUGUUCAGACUGAAGAACAGCAGGCUCCCACCCAGGGAGAGCAGGUCCUUGAUGAAGAACAAGGCAAAGAACAGAUUUUCACUCAAGAACAGCUCCCUAGUUUACACGAAGACUCAGAUCAGGUAAAAAUACAAUUCCCAGUUCAAACAGAAGAGCAGGACACCACUCAGAGUGUUACUACUGAAGGAGAAAGGCCUAUCCAACUUGAAGAGCAAGGGGAAAAUCAACUCUCCAUUCAAGAGGAAGAACAGCUUCUUAGCCAGGAAGGCGAGUACCAUGCAAAAGUACAAAAGUAUGUCCCUCUCCAGGACGAAUUCCUUGCCUCAACUGUAGAAGCUCGAACAGGUAAUGAACAAAUCUACCCUCUUCAGUUGCGAAUUCGUAUCCCCAUGCAACCCGAGGAAGGUUCUCUUCAAGGUGAAGAUCAAUUUGCUGUUAACGAUGGAGGAAAUGCGAUCCAAGAGGAAGAACCCACUACCCCAACUGUUCCUCUUCUGGAUGAGGAACAAUUUGUGGCAAAUUUCGAAGAACAAUUUCCUACCCUAGAAGAAGAGGAGGCUUCCCAUGUACAGUUGCAUGCUGGAGAACAGAUCCCUGUUUACAAUGAAGAACACAUCCCUGCUUAUGGCCAUGAACAGACCUUCACUCACACUGAAGAAUUUCCCUCCAUAAGAGAAGAACUUUUCCCUGUCCACGCAAUUGAAGUUCUCCCAGUUAACGAUGGAGAUGAACAUUUCUCUGUAACCACUGUUUUCCCUGAACAACUAGAUGAUGAGCCUACAGGCUUCCCUGUUCUAGGUGAGGGCUUGCCUGUACAAGAAGAGGAAAUUCAUGGCUAUGGAACUGAGACUUCAGGUUUCCUGCAUAUUCCCCCAACGAAAGUUCCAUCAACAUUCAUUAUUGAAAUACCAUCAGAAGUCUUUGAAGCUCCUGCUGAAGCAGCAGCCCAAGGUACGUUUGGUGUGGCUCAGACAGAUCUACCUCUAGGUUAUGUGGGAGAACAAGAAAUUUCAAAUCAGUCUGAAGUCGUACAAAAGGAAUACACAGAAGAUUAUUUCACUCAAGAAGGUGUGACUUCGCUCUAUGGUCUGCAAGAAAAAGAUGAGACGACUGCUUCUCCAGUUGAUUUGGAACAUGACCAGAUCCCUGAGGCUGUCCAGCCUUUGUGCAACAGCAUUUCAUGUCGAAACAAAGAGCAGGAUUACAGUUAUGGAAUUGCUGUAGGUGAAUUCUCCCCACAAACUCCUCCCUUUAUUCAGGAUCUAAGUGUUGAAAAUCCACAGUUUGAUAACACGCAGGAUUCUACAGGCCAUGUUGAAGAGACAGAUUAUUCCAGUGAAUCAUCAGAAGAGGUAUAUGGAGACAGUGAUAUCCAGACAACGACAGUGGCACCAGAAGACACUGAACAGAACGAGGUUUUCCAGAUCGACAUCCGCCAUGAAAGUCCUGUGGAAGGAGACUUCCAGCAACCAGAAGUGAGUAUUAUCCACCCUCAGAUUCCACAGCUCUAUGAAGCUCCUGAGAUAGCCAGUGUGACAGAGGAAGCUGUGACUGCAUUCGAGACUGGCACAGAGAUAGUGACUGAAGUGCCAGAGCAUGAUGAUCAGCUAAAACUGCAGGAAGGUACCCUGGAGAUCGAUUCCUCACUGUAUGGAACGCUCAUCAUUCCUGAUGUACACCCUGAGGUCUUGAGCAGCAUUAAUGGCCCUGUAGAUCCUGUGGUGUCUUUGAUUCAGAGAGGAGAGAAUGAUCGUCGCCAAAACGCAAGCAAUAAUAUUACCCAAGGAGUAGCAACUUCACACCAAGGACCUGCUGAAGAAGCCACACAUCCUUCCUUCCUUCAGGAUGAAUACACUACUAUCCUUCCUGACAUUACUCCCACUCCUUAUGAUGAGGAAGAUGUCACCUCCAUUCCCACCGAGGAAGAUACUACAUUCCUCCCAGUAGCAAAAGACAAUAACAACGAAACGACACCCUUCCCAGCUGAUGUAGAUGAAACUACAACCUUCCAAACUGGCCUCCAUGACAUCACAACCAACACUUUCAGUCAAGAAGAUGAGGCAAGAAUUCCACUCUUAGCUCAAGGGGAGCAUGACACACAAGGUCUUGUUGCUCCCAAUGUGCACGUGAACACGAUUGAAUUCAACAAAGAUCAAGGCACUGGCUAUUCACACACAAAUUAUCACCAAGAGUCACAGAUGCCUGAAAUUACUUACUAUGAGACAUCUCAAGACCAAGCCACGGAUUCAUUCCCACAGACACCACAGGAACCAGUUACUUACGAGCAGACACCACAAGAACCAGUAACAUUUGAACAAGAAAUACAAGGAAACCAGGGACCAGUCACGUUUGAAGAAGGCUCAGUUACUUUCGAACAGGGUCCACAGGAACCAGUCACUUUUGAACAGGGACCACAAGAACCAGUCACUUUUGAACAGGGACCACAAGAACCUAUCGGUUUUGACCAAGUACCGCAGGGACCAGUUACUUACGAGCAGACACCACAAGAACCAGUAACAUUUGAACAAGAAAUACAAGGAAACCAGGGACCAGUCACGUUUGAAGAAGGCUCAGUUACUUUUGAACAGGGACCACAAGAACCUAUCGGUUUUGACCAAGUACCGCAGGGACCAGUGACUUUUGAAGAGGUUCUGCAAGACUCAGUUACUUCUGAACAGGAACCACAGGAAACCCCCACUUUUGAACAGGGCCCACAAGAACCAAUCACUUCUGAACAGGAACCACAGGGAUCAGUAACUUUUGAACAGGAGCCAGUCACUUUUGACCAAGUACCACGGGAGCCUGCCACUUAUGACCAGGUAACAGAGGAACCAGUCACUUUUGACCAAGAACCACAGGAACCUGUCACUCAUGACCAAGUACCACAGGAACCAGUCACUUUUGACCAAGUACCACAGGAACCUGUCACUCAUGACCAAGAACCACAGGAACCUGUCACGUAUGACCAAGUGCCACAAGAACCAGUCACUUUUGACCAAGAACCACAGGAACCUGUCACGUAUGACCAAGUACCACAGGAACCAGUCACUUUUGACCAAGAACCACAGGAACCUGUCACAUAUGACCAAGUACCACAGGAACCAGUCACUUUUAACCAAGUAACACAGGAACCUGUCACUCAUGACCAAGUACCACAGGAACCAGUCACAUAUGACCAAGUACCACAGGAGCCAGUCAUUUCUGAACAGGUACCAGAGGAGCCAGUCAUUUUUAACCAAGUACCACAGGAACCAGUCACUUACGAUCAUGUACCAAGGACAGUCACCUAUAACAAAGGUACCACAGGAACCAGUUACCUUGAUCAGGUACCACAGGAGCAGUCAUUUCUGAAAGGCCACAGGAAACUGCACCACGAGAACCAGUGCAUUGAGAAAUACCUGAGUGCCAUACCAUCAAGCACAUUCGCCGACACUGCACAGGGACCAUUUCAUUCAGCAGACUACCGACCACGACAUUCCAGAUCACAGACAUUCAGCAGACUUCCAGGACUUCCCCGCUCUCCUCGGCCUCUACCUUCCUCCUCACGCCUAAAAAUGUUCCUAAAGUUGUUUCAGUAA